AUGUCGGCCGAUGAGGAGGAUGACUACAUGUCCAUGGUGAUUGAGGAGCCUAAACUGCAGGAAACAUUUACACAGAAGAAACUCCGAGAACGAAGAGAGGCCGAGGCCCGAGGAAGAGUUCCCAACAAAGCUGAACGCGCAGCCCAGGAGGCCGCUCGUCGAGAUGAAGCCCUGUCGAAAAGUACCUUAGACCCGUCCAAUAAGGGUUUCCAAAUGAUGGCGAAGCUAGGCUUCAAGGUUGGGCAGUCACUAGGAAAACAAGCCACCGUACCGAAAGAUCAAACUGAUGCAGAAAGAAUGUUACAUCGCUCGAUACAUGCACGCGCCGAACCAUUAGGUCUCAUGAUCAAGGAGAACCGAGGUGGUAUUGGUUUGGACAGUCAGAAGAAGCGCAAGAUGCGGGAGGAGGCUGCGGAAGCCACGAAGAAAAUAAAACAAGAUCAAGGCGACUAUCGUGAUCGCAUUCGUGAAGAGCGCGAACUCAAGCGUUUUGAAGCGCAAGUGCGCGCUGCGCAGAAAACUGCUGAACGUUUGGAUACUGAGGCUGAGGAAGGUCAAGUCCAGGGCCUUGAAGAAUACCAGGAGCCUACACAGGACGGUGACGAAGACAAAGACCUGGAAAGCUCAGUUCCCAAGAAAUCGAAGCCUGUCAAGCUCACCUCGAGCAUCAACAUCCUCUAUCGAGGUCUUGUUCGGGAUCGCGAAAAUCGCGAACGAGAAAAGCAAGCCCGUCACGCCCUUCAAACCUCCUUGCCUUCGACAUUUUUCCCGAGCUCCACACUCCCAGGUUACGAUGAUGGCGAUCUAGACCGAGAUGAUAAGCAGGCUCUUGGUUACACUGCUAAUGUGGAAGCGGAGUUAGAUGAAGAGGAUACAGAACUAGAUGCAUUCAAUGCUCUAGAACCUGCUAAAAAGCUCCAUAAGCUGGUUCUUUAUCUACGGGAUACUUAUCGUUACUGCUUUUGGUGCAAGCACCGAUACGAGACCGAGUCGGAAUUGGAAAACUGCCCCGGGCUAACAGAGGAGGAUCAUGAUUAA